CUCAUGCUUUCACUAUACCGUCAACAUCGCACCGUGUACUUGAAACCGUCACAUCUAUCUCAACACGACCAUUCCCUCCGCAAAAUAUAAAUUCACCAUGUCUGAUCAGAGCAACCCCUCGCUGGUGGGCGCACACGCUCAAUAUGCCAAAGGAGCGACUGUUGAGGCUAUUGGCAACGCGACCGGUUCCGAAGAAUGGAAGACCUCUGGGGAGUCAGAGAAGCAAGCAGGGCUGGAUAACAUGAAGGCUGCAAGCGCGAACAGAGAUCCUCAACAAAGCGGUCUGGGCAAGGCGGAAGAAGUCGCUGGCAAGGUUGUGGGAUGCGAGGGCAUGGAACAGGAGGGAGCACAGAGCAAGCAGUCGUAAUUGUAGCACACAUCAAAAUAGUCACUGGCAAAUA